AUGGUCGACGUGGCGCGCCCCGACCUCGAGGCCUUCCCCGCCUUCGCGACCGCCUCGGGCCAGUACACGACGCUGCAGCCGGCCGACCUCGUCUUCCUCCCCUACGGCUGGUUCCACUGGCUGCGCAACGACGACGCGCUCUCGAUCUCGCUCUCGUUUUGGAGCCUCUCGACCAAGAAGGAGCGCGUGCCGGACGUCUUCUCGGCGCACGACCUGACGCUCGUCAGGCGCAACCUGGAGAAGCACAUGGCGGCGCGCUUCGGCGCGGCGCUGUUCCCGCAGCGCAUGCGCCGGCUGCUGCGGCUGAUCGACGCCGGCCCGGGCGGCGAGACGAGCGACGGCGUGGUGGGAGAGGUGCUCGCCGAGGCGCGCACGCUGCUCGGCGCUGUACAGGUCGCCGACCCCGAGAAGCAGGACGAGUUCCUGCGGUCGAUGCUGCGCGUGCGAUUCGAGGGGGAGUGGCAGGCGCACGUCUGA